GUGGAAAAGCUGUUUCGCAAGAACAUGCCGCUCCUGUCUGCAACAAUUUUCAACAGGUUUCUCUGCUACGAGGGAGCAGAGUGAUCUAUCCUUUGUCUGACUCCCCCUCGGUGAAGAUGUCCCAUUCUUCUCCGGCUGAUGAAGGGACGACUUUUGAGCACCUCUGGAGUACCCUGGAACCGGACAGCAAUUAUUUUGACCUGCCUCAGUCAAGUCACUCCAAUUCAGACGUUCCCAACCGGACAGAGAUCAACAUGGACGUCUACCAGAUGAGGAACAUGAACCAGUCGAUCAUGUCUCAGUUCAAUCUGCUGAACAACACCAUGGAUCAGAGCAUUGGUAGCCGAGCAGCGUCCACCAGUCCGUACAACCCGGAGCACAACUCGAAUGUCCCCACGCAUUCUCCCUAUUCGCAGCCCAGCUCGACCUUUGACGCCAUGUCACCCGCACCGGUCAUCCCCUCCAACACAGACUACCCAGGACAACACAACUUCGAGGUCACGUUCCAGCAAUCCAGCACUGCAAAAUCAGCCACAUGGACCUAUUCACCUUUGUUGAAAAAGCUCUACUGCCAGAUUGCCAAGACAUGUCCUAUCCAGAUCAAAUUGGCCAGCCCCCCUCCACCCGGCACUGUGAUACGGGCAAUGCCAGUGUAUAAGAAGGCCGAACAUGUGACAGAGGUGGUGAAACGCUGCCCCAACCAUGAGCUGGGUAGAGACUUCAAUGAAGGUCAGUCGGCACCUGCAAGUCACCUGAUCCGUGUAGAGGGCAAUAACUUAUCCCAAUAUGUAGAUGACCCGGUGACCGGAAGGCAGAGUGUCCUGGUCCCCUUUGAGCCACCACAGGUGGGAACAGAGUACACUACCAUCCUGUACAACUUCAUGUGUAACAGCAGCUGUGUUGGAGGGAUGAACAGAAGACCGAUCCUCAUCAUCAUCACCCUGGAGACCAGAGAUGGACAAGUAUUAGGCCGGAGGUCAUUUGAAGGGAGGAUCUGUGCGUGUCCUGGCAGGGACAGGAAGGCUGAUGAAGACCACUUUCGGGAACAAGCAGCGUUAAACGAAACCGCGACAAAAAAUGGAAAUGGCACCAAGCGCAGUGAGUGUACGAGAACAUCUUGCAAGCAGAGUCCUCCAGGAGUAACAGGACUAGGGGCAAAUAUCAAGAAAAGACGCCACGGCGAGGAGGAAAUCUACUAUGUGCCUGUACGUGGUCGGGAGAACUUUGAAAUCCUAAUGAAAAUUAAGGAGAGCCUGGAACUGGUGGAGCUAGUGCCACAGCAGCUGGUGGACUCGUAUAGGCAGCAACAACAGCAGCUUCUGCAGCGACAUGCACACAUCCAGUCCCAGUCAUCGUACGGUCCCGUUCUGUCACCGAUGAAUAAAGUCCAUGGUGGAAUGAACAAAUUGCCAUCAGUCAACCAGUUGGUGGGACAGCCCAAUCAGCACAACUCAAACACAGCUCCUGGCUCGGGGAUGGUGAACAACCACUCCAUGCAAUCAAAUGGAGACAUGAAUGGAGCGCAUUCAUCACAGUCCAUGGUUUCCGGAUCACAUUGUACUCCUCCACCGCCGUACAACGCAGAUCCCAGCCUAGUCAGUUUUUUGACAGGACUGGGGUGUCCAAACUGCAUCGAAUAUUUCACAUCACAAGGGUUACAGAAUAUUUACCACCUGCAGAACCUAACUAUGGAGGAUCUAGGAGCACUGAAGAUCCCAGAACACUACAAAGCCGUCAUCUGGAGGGGAAUCCAAGAGCUGAACAAAGGUCACGACUAUGGCGCCCAACAGCUAAUCCGCUCCAGCAGUAACGCCUCCACCAUUUCUAUCGGCAGCUCCGGAGAGCUUCAGCGCCAGCGCGUCAUGGAGGCCGUACAUUUCCGGGUGCGUCACACCAUCACCAUUCCCAACCGGAACGGCGCUGAUGAGUGGGCAGACUUUGGUUUCGAUUUACCCGACUGCAAGACACGCAAACACUCCAUCAAAGAAGAAUAUGCCGAUUCUGACAUCAACUAAAACACUCUACUCGUGGAAAGCCAAGCCAACCAAAAAUAUUGCCCUUGCCGGUGAAUCCAAAACCAAAAUGGCCGAACUGCAGCCAGCCAUAUCUGAAACAAUAAGCCAAAAC